UGGCAACUAGACGACGACCCCGGGGAGGCACGGAACAAAGAUGGAGGACUUGCCUGAAGCCUCAUUAAGGGGUCAAUGAGGGGAGGUGGUGAAUUGUGCACCCAAAGGCCUGAAAGGACAACAAAGGUCGGGGCCCCGUGAGAAGGAGCUGUGGGGUAUUGGGUGUAAAGGUGUGUAAGAGCUGAGGAAACCUGCCACAACUCACCCUGCCACAUUACCCAAUCUUUCUUGAAAGCUGAAAUCAAAUGUCAUGAUUGAAAUGAAGUGUUUGAAUAACAACGAAAUGUAUGUGAUUUUUCUCCCCCAUAUUUUAUCUUCCCUACUUUUUAAAGAAAGAAAAGUCUGGAGUAUAAAACAAAUUUGACCCUUUGGAUAACCCAGCUUGAUAUGUCAAAUUUACAGCAGUAGUUCCAGGCUCUUUUUUAAAAAAAGAAAUAUUUUCCUUUUUAAGAAGCAUUUAUCUGAAAUGGUGUAGGCAGGGUUUCCGGAUGGACUAGAAGACCUCCAAAGUCCCUUCCAACUCUGUUAUUCUGUUCUUAUUCGUCUCUUUAUAGAUGAACAGAUUGAAGAAUAACGGAAUUUUCACACACACACACACACAUCCUUUGGGAAGGGUGAGUUAAAACAAAAAACAAGAAGACUAAUGCAAGACUCCUCCUUCUGGACUCAGCCAGCAAAACACACUUAACUCAUUCACACUGCAACUCAUGCCAACAAAAGUAGAGAGCCUAGAAGACAAGUUGAUGUUUUGCAGGCAAGCUUUGGAAGAGGUGGAUUUUAAGCUACGCAGAGAAGAACUAACAUCUGCACGAAGAGAAUCACUGGAAAAAGAGAAAAACAUGCUAGAAACCAAGGCCGAAAUUUAUGAGAAAGAGCUCAAAAUGCUUCGUCAUGAGAAUCGGAAGACUGUAGCGCUUUCAGCAGCCAUCAUACUCUUAGUGUUUGUUAUUUACACCUGCUGGACCAUGUAACAUUUAGGUGCUGAAAUCUAAUGACUACUGUAGACCCUGAUGAUUCUACCUCCCUUCCCAAAUUGUGCCAAGGGUAAGAUCAGCUUUCCAUACCAACAUGCUCUGCAACGUAGACCAUCUUAGCGUAGUCUUCCAAAAGAACUUCAGUAGAAAAUUAACCAAGGACAAAAGGCAGGGUUAGUUGGACCUUCCAGCUGAUGGCUAGGUAACGGGAUUGUGAGGGCAGGUUAGUUGCACCCUGAUUGUAGAAUUGCCUUCACAGAGGCUGAGCUGGGGUCACUGCAUUUUUUAAUGGCAGGCAAUAUAUCUUUAUAUAGGCUUCUAUGUCUUUCAUUAAGUCCUUUUAAUCAUGUUUAAAAUGUUUUUAAUUGAUAGAUUGUUUUGUGAGCCAACUGACUACUUUUAUCAAACUCUAUUAAUUUUUUAAGGGAAGAAGUUACUGUAUAGUUUUGCCUUCUUUGAAAAAAAUGUCAAUCCAAGUGAUUAUUAAUAUUUGCAUUUUGAACUGAAAUAAAAUGUAGAAAUUUAAAAAUAAAUAUGCUUCCCUUUUUUCCUUUUCAUUUUCCUCGGUCAGGUCUCCCGUCAAUUCUUUUAUCAGGAACGCUUUGUAAUUCUCCUUCCUUUCCUGACUUUUAAGUUUUUCACCAUGCUAGAGUUAAUUGGCUUGACAUUUUCCUGACUGCAACAAUGCCUCAAGUUCAGUACCUAUUAGCAAUACCUAUUAGCACCUCCGUUGUUGAAGGAAGAAGGCAUUCUAAUGCUGUCAAGCUGCUUUGUUUUGCUUUGGAAAUACACUCAUGGUUCCUUUUAGUUUCUGCUUCAAAUAUGCACUCAAGCCUCAUUCAUUUUGUUUUCUACUUUGGCUCCCUCCUUUUGUAUCUGUGAUUCAAUUACAUCUCUCUGUCCAAAAAAGUAUAUAAAUCACCUUUCAACUUUGCUGUUUUCAGUAAGAAAACAAAUUCUGUUCUUACUUCCUUGCAAAUAAAUAAAUUGCCCAUGUGUGUCUGUUUUAAAUCCUUUUUCUUUAACAUAAUGUAAAUGUUAGGACUGCAUUUUAGAAAUGACUUGCUUCAAAGUGAUCUGAGCACUUCUCUAUACAUUAAAGCAGCCUAUUUUUCAGUCUCCUGCCUAAACCUAAAAAAGAUAUCACAACCUUUGGAGUCAUCAAUUCAUCAGAAGUGACUAUCACUCUUCAAGCAGCCUCCCCAACAUGUAAUCUAGCAUUUUGAAGGUAAAAUUCCAUUUUGCCUAAAUAUCAGUUGCACAAAGCGAAAGAACUAUUUCAAAAAGUCUGUUAACACUAGCAAAGUACCCCUGCUUGAAGUGUUAAAGAAGCUGCCCUACUCUUCAAUUACUCUGCAUGCAUGCCCAAGUGGUUGUAUAUAAGCAGACCUUCAGAUGGCUUUUGAAGGAGCCAUGUGGAGCCAUGUGAGGCUUCCAAAAGAUGUGGUAAUUCAAAGCUUUGAGGAGAAUUACUUUGCUUAUAGUAGAGUGGACAUUUAUUUCAAACCUAUAUAUAUCCUAACCAUAUACUCCCAAUGUGCACAAAAAUAAAACAAUUUUGUUCAAUUUUGUAAGAAAACAAUCCUUGGGACAAUUCACUGAACAUCUGUCUCUUUUCUGCAAUCACUUAACAAAUUAUAAAGCUAGGUAGGAAAACUAUGUUGAUGUAUUUAUGGUAUAUAUUGUAAAUUAAAAAAUGGCAUAUUUCACAAAAUAUGAGUUCUAUCCAAAACAGCCCUUUUUCUAUACAGUCUUCUGUCAACUACAUUUCCUAAAAUCUGACUACUACGGAUUGGACAUAUUCUAGUGAUGUUACACAGAAGCAGCCAGUUUUCUGAUGGGGUUUUGGCUCUAUAAGGGAAACACAUAUUUUUUGCCCCAAAUUUAAAAUAGUUUUAAAAUAGUUUUUCUGUUUCCUCUGAAUGUUAUCCCCAGAUCCACCCUAUGAAGCAGGUUACUCUGAAACAGUGGCAGACCUAAAAUCACUCCGUGAGCUUCAGAGUCAAGUGGUGGCAGUAGUUGUUCUUCCUCAGCCCGGAAUGUAUCACAAAGAGCUGGAAUGUUUAUGCCAAAAAGAAAACACAUUUUUAAAUUAUAAGGAUUGUAUUGGCAAUGCAAAGAAUGGACAAGAAAUCAUCACAACUGAUACAUGAGUUCAGAGAACACAUACUGUAAACAUUUCUUUCAGCAAGACAUUUUACCUCCUUCACAGACCAGUAAGAGAACAAACAAGAACAAGUUGAACUAUCCACUGAUCAAAUCUUUCUAAUUUUCUCUUUGUACUCUUGACAUUUGGGCUCUGAAUCAACAUGAAGUCGUUUUUUUCAGGACUGGUAUAAAUUUUGUUUUAAGGUUUCUAGGCACACACUCUCUUAAUAUUUUUAAAUCCCUUAAAUAGUUUCCCUAGGAGAAAGCCACAAAACAGGGCCUCUAGUUACAGCCAAAGUGAAUUAAAUCAAGGCAGAUAAGUUGUGUACCACUGACUUACUCAUAUACAAGCGUAUCUAUCAAUCACUCAAUAACAGAAACUAAAAUCAAUCUUGCAAUGAAAUCUUCCUUCUGAAAUAUUCUAACUUGUGAUGAAUUUAACUAGAAAUAUAAUCUGAAAAAUUGACAACAUGUUGUAUUUAAAGCAAAAUGACUCUUUGACCUAUUGGUUACAUAAUGAUAGUCAGGUAAAAAGUGACAAAGUUUCUUAUCAAAUUAUUUUAAAACCAACGCUAUGAACUGUAGAUGUCAGAGAUUAUUUAAUCAUUGUCACUUCCUAUUGCAAAUAAACACUCAAUUUGCUGUUUUACCCUCUAGCCUGCUCAGGCAAACAAUUGUAUUGUAUGGGAAAGCAAUUUAUUUUGAAACAUUCUUGCCAAAAGAAUCUUAAAAGCUACAUCUUUGUUUUGGAACUCUCAGAGAGAUUUAGCAAAUCUCAGAACUGAAUCUCCAAUAUUAAGUGCUUUUGUAUACUUCAGCCUUUGAGAGAAAUGGGGAGCUUUAAACUUCCAUUCUUCCCAAUAUUUUUUCAAUAGAGGAAUCU